CACAGGUUUCUGGAAUGUCUGCACAGAAGGUCACCGAGACCUAGUCUAGGCGUCAUAUGGUGCCAAGCGGUAGGACUGCCUCGGAGUUUGAAAUAUAUGAUUGCACGUGCCCUUGUUUAUGCGUGAUCUGAGCUGUCAGCUGCUGUCUCGUCGCGCCGACGCACCUUGCUCCUCGUCUACAGUCCAACGCCGCUCCCGGGCGAGUCGGCGCUUGUGAAUGUCGGUUCCUGCUGUCCCCGCCGAUCCACUGCUCGAAAAUCCCCCUGUAAACUCUAAGGAAUGGCUCGGAAUCGUCUUGAAAGAUGCCUGCGGCCUGAGCUCGCUGUACGAGCAUCAGUUGAAGCACGGCCUGGAUCUCAGCCUCGGAAAAGAUGUAUUUCUUGUCAUUGCCACUGGACGCGGGAAGAGCAUCGUCCUCUUUGCUCCGUUGAUUGCUGCGAAGGCGCGUGGGGAACGCGGCAUGGCUUUCAUCAUUGUGCCCACCAAAGUCCUUGCUGAGCAGAUGGCUGAGAUUGGCAGGAAAUAUGGCAUCCACACUCUUGCUAUCAACGAGGACUCGGUUCGAGAAGCCCAGAUUAGAGACAAGCGCGAUCUCUUCGCUGAGUUUGCCGGAGGGACGGGGAUUUCAGCAGCAGUCAUGAGCCCACAGAUGCUGCAGGGGUCUAGGGUAGCUGCGUUGUUGAAGGACAUGAAAAUCAAACGCAUUGUGCGAUGGGUUCUCAUUGAUGAAGUUCAUCUCUUCCGUGAGUCGGGAGGCACUUUCCGGGAGCCAUACCGGGCCAUCCUUCCUUUCCGGAGUCGGCUGCCCAGCUCUGCUGUGUUUGGUGCUGUCACCGGGACGGCAACCCCCUCCCAUGCCCUCGAGAUCGCGGAGGGUCUUGGCUUUCGGGGAGGGUAUGUCAACGCGCGCUACAGUAUUGAUCGCCCCAAUGUCAAGUACAUCCCACGAUUCUUCGAGCACGCGACCUCUGGGACAGAGUUUCUGGAUCUCAGCUUCGUCAUUCCCUUCGACAUGAAGUCACCGCAAGAGAUCCCUCUCACUCUCAUCUUUGCGAAGACCAUCCAGACCGGGUAUCGCAUCAUGACAUUCCUCGACUCACUCAUUCCGGCAACAAUCCCUGGACGCGAGACAGUCAUCAAGUUGUACAAUGCCCUGAUGCCGGUGCAUUACCGUCGCCAAUUCAUUCAUGAUAUGAAUGAGGGAUCCCAUCUACGCAUUGGCAUUGUCACCGACACCUGCACUUACGGCACCGACAUCCCUAGACUGUCUAGAGUCAUUAUUGCGCAUAUCAGUGAUGGCAUGGAGGACUCGUUCGAGGUUCAGAAGCAACAGAUGGGACGGCCAGGCCGCAAUGGCAAAGCUGCCGUUGCAAUUGUCUAUGCGCCUGCAUGGGUGCGGGACGUCCCCGAGUCGGAUGUCAUAACCAAGCAGGGCAAGAUUGAUGCGCAGCGGCGAGCCAAACUCCCUUGGGUCAUCCGCGCCUUCUUCAAUCCAACAUCCGAGCUCUGUUCCCGUGGUGCUGAUCUCAAAUACAAUGGCGAGAUCUAUACGGAACGCCCCAACUGUUGUCGCUUCCACUGUCCCCAGCCAGAGGAGUCCGAUGACAGUAACAUGGUUGCUCGUUGGGUCAAACACUUCGAAGAGUUGGAGACAGUGCGUGUCAAAUCAAAAUCUAUCCGUUCCGAUGGCACAUAUCCUGUCCUCGACGGCCCAUUGAAGCAAUCACUGGAGAAGGUUCUCACUGGAUGGCGCGGCCGGGUCUAUGUGCAGCUUCGCGACAACAACGAUCCCGACUGCUUCACUGAAGAUGUCCUCCCAACACAUCUAUUGCAGCGACUGGUUGAUCGCGCACAUGCUUGUUCGACUCUGGAUCGCCUGUGGGCUGUGAUGCAUGACUGGGCCAGACAGGAGGAGUUGGGCGACAAGCUAUUCAAGUUUAUGGUCCAGAUCCUGCCGGAAUACAAAGCCAUCAUCGAAGAAUGCACCACGGAAACUCAAGUGGGCGUGCCUGUCCCGGUGGCCGCAGAGAAGGAUAUCAAACCGGUGGCUGUCCCUCCUGCCCAAUCGUCGUCUCAAUCUCUGCGCAUUGUUAUCCCACGUUCCACUCCUUCGACAAUACCACAGAAGCGAAACGCGCUGUCAGACGCUGUCAAGAAGCCCACAAAGAAACGGAAAGCCUCCAAUAAGGAGAACCAGCCGGUCUGA